AUGGACACAACUUCAACAAAUACCCCCAGCACUGAAUCAGCAGAUGAAGAUCCUUUGGACGCUUACAUGGCAGAAAUUUCACAAAAAGCUAGAGCUGGAGCUGAGAACAAGAAAGCCCGUGUUGUUGUGAUUGGAGCUGUUUCUAAAAGUGCCCCGAAUAAGGGAGAUAUUGUCGAACCUGAAGAUGAAAAGGAACAAGCACAAGAUGAACUCGAUGUUGAACAAACUGCAUCAAGUUUACUAGUAAAAGGAAGAAUGUUGGCACAAACGGAUCACACAAAAGUGUAUUAUAGGCCUUUUCGGAAGGAGGUUUAA